CCAAAGCCGAGUGCUGGGAAGGGCAGAGCUGACCCUGCUGUUUGCUGUUUGGGAAGGACGCCUUCCCUGGCUAGCCUGCCCGGCACUGGGCCUGCUACCUUCCUGCCUCAGGGUCAUGUUCUGAGGAUGGAGUUGUGUCCUUGGCCCUGCAGAGUGUGUCCCAGGAGGAGAACUCCCUGGAAAGAAAACCCCAAAACUACAGCUGGAAAAAGCCACUUCUCAGGGAGCCACUGCUGAGCACACCAGACAACGAGGCCUGGUGGAUUCCUGUAGCUGCUGGAAGAAAUCAACCCCUCUUGGUGGCUUAACACACAGAAAUGGACUCUCGAAGGCAGCGGUGGUGAAGCUACAAGCAUGCAGAGCCCUCUCUGUCGGCACACAAGCCAAGGCGAGCAUGGGAUGACAGCUCACAUGGGGCACCAUUGGCUCUUUGCUAUAAAUAAGUGGGUUUUGGAUACUCAGUCUCCAAAAGGUUCGCCAUCACUGCUGUAAGGGUUCUGGAGGCCAAAGGUCCAGAUUUAGUAUCAUGGGCCAGAAUCAAGGCACCGGCAGGCUGUAUUCCCUCUGGGGUCCCCAGGUGCUGCCCCGCCUUCAUCAUGCCGGAAGUAGGAAAUCCAAGAUCACUGCUUCUCGGAAACUCAUGCUGAAGAGCCUGAUGCUGGCCAAGGCCAAGGAGUGCUGGGAGCAGGAGCACGAGGAGCGCGAGGCUGAGAAGCGGCGCUACCUGUCCGAGCGCAUUCCCACGCUGCAGACUCGAGGCCUGUCGCUCAGUGCCCUGCAGGACCUGUGCCGGGAGCUGCAUGCCAAGGUGGAGGUGGUGGAUGAGGAGCGGUAUGACAUCGAGGCCAAGUGCCUCCACAACACCAGGGAGAUUAAAGACCUGAAGCUGAAGGUGUUGGACCUCCGUGGGAAGUUCAAGCGCCCACCACUGCGCAGGGUCCGUGUCUCAGCGGAUGCCAUGCUCCGAGCCCUGCUGGGCUCCAAACAUAAGGUGUCCAUGGACCUACGGGCCAACCUCAAGUCCGUGAAGAAGGAGGACACAGAGAAGGAGCGGCCUGUGGAGGUGGGCGAUUGGAGGAAGAACGUGGAGGCCAUGUCUGGCAUGGAAGGCCGGAAGAAGAUGUUCGAUGCUGCCAAGUCUCCGACCUCCCAGUAGAGGUUCCUAGAGAUGGGCUCCCUUUUUCUCGGGGGCCCUCGGGGUCUGAAAGGAUGGCUUGCUAUG